AUAUUCCAGAAUCCAGACUUAUGUUUGCCCUGCGCAUCAGCAUUUGGUGGAUAGAUCGUUCGUUCGCACAAAAUCACAUUUCACAUCAGUUCAGUAGACGGAAGAUUGGAAUUACUGACUGUGGUGUUGUUUUUCGUUGACGAUCUUAAAUUAGAUCAGCUUCUGGAAAAGUAAUUAAUUUUAGUUUCAAAGUAAACAAAAAUACAGAGUGUACAAUAAUACAAUGAUUAUUCAUUUAUGAACUGCAUUAACAUUUAUAUUGAGAUUGAGUUCUAAAAAGGUGUUAAAAAAAUACAAAACAAAAAUAAAUCAUGAAGGUUUUCUUAGUUUUUGGAAUAUAUUUCGGCCUUUUAGCUGAUUCCAUUUAUGGUGCUAAUAUUUUAGGCCUUUUUGCGUUCCCCAGUCAGAGUCAUUUUAAUUCAAUUCAAACGGUGAUGACAAGGCUUGCGAAAAAUAAUCAUAAUAUUACAUCAAUAAGUAGUUUUAGAUUAGCAGAAAAACUUGAUAACUAUGAAGAAAUAAUUGUUCCUAACUUUGAUUUUUGGUCAAAUGUACAAAAUGAUCUAGGAGUUAAAAAUAUGUUUGAAGCAUCGCUUCAUUCUUCAUCGAGUAAUAUGCAUAAGGCUGUAAGAAAUACUGGAGCAGAGUUAGUUGAUUUCUUUCUUCAACAGCCAAAAAUUAAAGAAAUACUAAGUUCUAAGGAAAAAUUUCCGUAUGAUCUCAUUGUUGUUGAUUUAUUUCACACAGAGGCUCUUCUAAUGAUUGGAGAAGUUUUUGAUGUACCAGUCGUUGCAUUUGCUUCUUCAAACUUUCAAAAUUAUAUGACUGCUCUUAUGGACUCAGCAGUUCCCAGUGCAUGUUCUCCAAUCGACUUUGAAUCCUUCACCCAAGAUGCAACAUUUACACAAAGGAUCUCGAACAUAUUCGAAUGCAGAGAGCGAAGAAAUCAAAGGCAAAAGGACUUAAUAGCCCAAGACAUUGUAGCAAGAAAACACUUUUCAGCUCUUGGACGAAACCUAUCCCCGAUAUCUCAGCUUUUAAGUCGAACUUCCAUAACUUUGCUCAACAACUAUUCUCCAUUGCUUACUUCAAGACCAUCUGUACCGAAUAUCAUUCCUGUUGGAGGAACACACAUCAAACAAGCUCAGAGUAUUCAGUGGAAUAUCAAGAGAUUCCUUGAUGAUGCUCGUGAAGGAGCUAUUUACUUUAGUUUGGGAACUAUUUUAAAGUGUUCCGAUAUUGACAGUGAGAAAUUUACUGCAAUAAUUACAGUUAUUGGAAAAUUAAAAGAAAAAGUUCUAUGGCAUUGUGAUUUGAAAAAAGUGGAGAAUCAACCAAAGAAUCUGCUCCUGCAGGAUAUUGUUUCAUCGAGUGAUGUUCUAGCACAUCCUCAUGUUACCUUUUUCGUUACAAGUGGAGGUCUUUUGGGAUUGCAAGAAGCUAUUUGGAGAAGUGUUCCAAUACUAGGAAUUCCUGUUUUCGAAGACCAUCAUAUCAACAUUCGAAAUGUCGAAAAAUUAGGAAUCGGAGUUAAAUUGGACUUUGCUAACCUUACUGAGUCAUCUCUGUCCUGGAGUUUAGAAAAACUAAUUACAGAUGCAUCAUAUAAAACAAAAUCCAGGGAAGUAUCUGCCAAAUUCAGGGAUAGGCUCCAAGGAGCUGUACAGACGUCGGUAUUUUGGAUUGAUCAUGCUUUGAAGUUCAAAGAUUCCUCACAUCUGAGAGCUGUGGGAACUGAAGUUUCAUCGUUUGAACUUUAUCUCGGAGAUAUUGUUGUUAUAUUAAUUUUUGUUACUUUUGGGUUGAUUGCUUUUGGAUAUUUAGUUUACAAAAUCGGGAUUUCAAUUAAACGGAAACGAGAAGAAAAUAAAUUGUAUAGUAAAUUAAGAUAAAAUGCAAA